UGCCUCUCUUUUUCCUCUUCUUCGCGGCGGUGGGUCGGAGCCGCUGUGUCCCCGGUCUGGCACGUUCCUGGCCAAAUUCUCCACGGUGUAAAAUUUGAUACCCCCCUUUUUUACGAAACCAAAAUUACCCCCCUUCAAUUCCCCGCAACGGAUUCUACAUUUCACGCUCAACAGACAUCUCCAAAUCUCCACCAGACACAUCUGAAGAUGGCGGUGGUGAGCGGGAUGUCGGGGUCGGCUGUAGCCCGGCUGGAGGGCCGAGAAUUCGAGUAUCUGAUGAAAAAAAGGUCGGUGACCAUCGGCCGGAACUCCUCGCAGGGUUCGGUGGACGUCAGCAUGGGCCACUCCAGCUUCAUCUCCCGGCGGCACCUCGAAAUCUUCACCGCGGGGGACGACGGCACCGGCACUGGGGAAUUCUACCUCCGUUGCCUCGGUAAAAACGGGGUGUUUGUCGACGGGGUGUUCCAGAGAAGAGGGGCGCCCCCUCUCCAGCUCCCUCGAAUGUGUUGUUUCCGGUUCCCCAGCACAAGUAUAAAGAUCACGUUCACUGCCCUGUCCAAUGACAAGAAGGAGCCAAGGAACGUGCCGGAAUCACCGGUCAAGCCCGUCCAACCUCAAAUAUCCCCCCUGACCAUCAACAUUCCUGACAACAUUGCCCACCUCAUGAGUCCACUGCCUUCUCCUACUGGCACCCUCAGUGCGGCAAACUCCUGUCCCUCAAGUCCGCGGGGGGCUGGACUCUCCAGCUACAGGACAGGCCGCGUCCUGGCAUCGGACCUAAUAGGGGACAACUCACAUUCAGAAAACGACAAAGAGGCCUCUGGUGAAGACAGCCCAAAGGAUGACUCCAAACCUCCAUACUCGUAUGCACAGCUGAUAGUCCAGGCGAUCACCAUGGCCCCGGAUAAACAGCUAACGCUCAAUGAAAUAUACACACAUAUCACCAAGAACUACCCCUACUACAGAACAGUCGAUAAAGGCUGGCAGAACUCCAUUCGUCACAACCUGUCCCUGAACCGGUACUUCAUCAAAGUGGCCCGCUCUCAGGAGGAGCCGGGCAAAGGCUCUUUCUGGAGGAUUGACCCCGCCUCUGAGGGCAAGCUGAUAGAGCAGGCCUUCAGGAAGCGGCGGCCGAGGGGAGUGCCCUGCUUCAGGACCCCUGUGGGUCCUCUCUCCUCUAGGAGUGCUCCAGCUUCUCCCAGCCACACAGGGGGACUGUCUGCCCAUUCCAGUGGGGUCCAGACUCCAGACAGCCUGUCCAGAGAGGGGUCCCCUGUCCCCAUAGAGCCAGAGCCGACCCCGCCGCCAGCCCCCACCCAUACCACUGUGGUCCAGCCCAAGCUCGCAGUCAUCCAAGAGGCCCGCUUUGCACAGAGCUCCCCCGGCUCUCCCCUCAACAACCAGCCGGUAUUGAUUGCUGUGCAGCGGCAGAUGCCUCAAACGACCAUGAAGCCUGUGACCUACACCAUGGCGUCGCCAGCCAUCGUAACCACGUCGGGAAACUCCGCCCCCGUCAUGCAGACUGUGCACGUUGUCCACCAGAUCCCGGCCGUCGCCGUGGCGACCGUCGGCGGACAGGCUGCUACCGUCGUGAGUCCCAAACCUCAGGAGAACGGCAGCGGAGAGCACCGGGAGAUCAAACUCACAGUAGAGUCACUCCCAUCCAUCACAGCCUCGUCAAUCGGCGGAAUCAGCCGCAUCAUCCAGACCUCCCAGGGGGCGCCUCUGAGGACGGUAACCAUCAUGCAACAAGCCCCGCUUGGUCAGCACCAGCUCCCGAUAAAGGCCAUCACACAAAACGGGACCCAUCUGGUCCCCAUCAGUGCGGCUGCCAGCACGGCCGUUGCUAACCCUCUUCACCUCCUGGCGGCCCACGCCUCCGCCUCGGCGUCCCUCCCCACAAAGAGGCAUAACGGAGAACUGCAAGGCCAGCCCCAAUCGAAGAGGGCCAAAGCAGAGGAGGAAAAGGAGGGUGGAGCAGCAGCCACCGCCAACAACAAAAACGGCACCACGGACAGAGCCGGAGAAGCAGGGGUCAGUGAAAAGAUCGGUGAAAAGUAGCCCCCCCCCCAACACACACACACACACACCGGUCUGCACCCUGGCCCCUUGCUCUCCUGUACACAUCGAGCCUCGCACCUUCCACACUCUCACCCUUCCAUCAUUUACUCCAAGGUGCCAAAUAAUCACGACCUAGAUGAGACUCAUAAAACACAGAAAUACAGAAUGUUCCAGACCCCCCCCCCCCCCCCCCCAAUUCUCCAUUUAACACCACAAAAUACAGUACGAUGAAAAAACUGAAACCAAAUUUGAAGUUCAGAGUUGCUGAUGAAGCUUGAGACCCAGACGGCAAGAAGAAGCACCAGAAAAUAAAAAAACAAUCCGUAAAUAAAUAAAAAUACUUUUUAUUGGACAAGCGAGGAGUCCUAGACCUCCCCCAGAGACUAAAAGGAGCCUCAUACUGGUAGCAUUACGAACAAGCGAUUUACUGUUUACUGUCGGAUUGAGAAGGCGGCCGAGCGGCGUCCCCAGUAGUAACGGGAAGCGUGUGGACGCUCCUGUCUCCGGCAGCUAGCCUCCGUGUCCACCUACUUAACCCAGUCGUGAGUAGAUAUGCAGUAUUCCGUUGUACAAGUGUAUCUUUGGAUCUUUUUUGAGUGUUUCUGUUUCCCAAGGCUCAGACAUUAUCUAGUAAUAAUUACCUAAAAGCUCUAGGUGGGGUCUUUCAAGAACAUUCAAGCAUCACAUGAUAUUUUGGGAAUCCUUUUGUUUGUUUCUUUUAUUUAUAUGUGUGUGUGUAUAUAAUAUAUAUAUAUAUAUAUAUAUAAUAUAUAUAUAUAUACACACAUAAAUAAAAAUGUGGACCCUUUUGUUCAGUGAAAUGAAUGUAGUAAAGAAAACACUAUCAAUGAAGUGGAUUUUCAUCUUUUCUGCCGAUUCAUGCAAAUGAAAAUUCUUUAUCACUAUACACUUGCGGAUUUUUUUUUUCAUUUUUUUUUCUUCAGAUUUGACAAAUAUCCUGUGAUUAUAUUCCCAUGCGUAUUUGACCAUAUGCUUCAUCAAGCUUGCAUGUUACGGAUCUAGACACAAUGUACUUGAUUAUCUGAAUAUGGAACUGAAGAACAUUUUGACUGAAUUUACGCUAUGAUUCUGACCAGUGCUGCACUUAGGUUCUUUUUGUACUCUCAUUUGGCUGCGCCGCCCCCCCCCCACGCCCUUCCCCUGUGUCACCUUGGGUUGUGUUUGUUACAUUUUGUUUUGAAGUUGGCAACUCCUUGCGCAAUUAUUUUAUUCUCUUUAGGCUACCAACAAAGCCUAUUCAGAAUGUAUUUUAUGUUGUACAAGGAAAAACAAGUGAUCGGUGUUUGUGCUGCUUCAGUGGGUAAAUGCAUUUUUUUAUAUAUAUAUAUAUAUAUAUAUAUAAUAUAAAAUAUAUAUAUAAAUUUAUUUAAAACACAUAAAUUCUUUUUCGUUUGUAUUUCUUUGAGUGAAUGCCAUUUUUUUCCUGCUGUGUAAAUGUAUUGAUAUCUGUUUUAGCAAAGUCUAGUGGUGACGUUGCAAAUUGCGAGCAACAGCGAACCCCUCUGCUCAGCCGUCAUGGGGAGAUUUCAUACUGCAAAGAGCUACUCUGAUCAAUAAUCUUCAUGAAUGAAUAAUUCCUUUUUUAAAUACACAUAGAAUUUUAAAACAAAUCUCUCUUCCGAUAAGAAAAUAUUUUAUAAUUCAGAUAUUACUAAUUGUUUCUAUAGAAUCAGUACUGAUAUUGACAAAAUCAAAGUCACAAUAUACAGUUAAGUUACUAAAUGCUGAUGGUGAAUAAUGAAUAACAGAGACAUCAUAUUAGUGAUUCCUCCCAGGUUUCUGUCUCAGCCAACAGAGAACAAGACUGACCUGUUUGUAUAAAAAUACAUUAAAUUAAAAGGCGGAUCCUUUGCGCUGUGUUUAUCUAAACAUGGCAGCGGUCUAAGCGGAUUGAAAUAUGUUGGACUUUGAUUUACAUGUUCAUGCUUGAAGUGGUUUUUACUCUUCAAUGCUUUAAUGCGCCUGCAAGGAAGAGUGAAUCCGUGGUCCACUUCGAGUCGAGUCACGGCAACUGAAUGUGUUGUUGGACGUGGCAGGCUUUGUGGAAAAGGACUCGGAGUCAAUAUAAUGUUCCUAGGUUCAGGUCAUUAUACACUGAUUAAAACUGUUUAUUUACUAUUA